AUGAACAUGAGCCAAUUGCAAAGAGCCAUUGAAGAAAUAUCUCAACAACACAUGAGAGCACAGGAGCAGUAUAUGAGGCAACAAGAGCUAUACUUGCAACAGCAAGAGCAAUAUUUGAAGGAUCAUGAACAACAACAACAUCGGCAGCAGCAAAUGAUGGACAAGCAAGACAAUUUCCAUCUCCAGAUCCUGGAACAACAAAGAGAAUUUCAAGCUAGAGUUCUUGAGGGGCAAAGGGAACAAUCAACAAACUUUCAAGAGUUAUAUGACAGAUUGUCCCUACGACAGGCCAAGUAUGGUGAGUACACCCAAAAUCUCUACCAAUGGAAAAAUAUAUAUCAUACAAUUGGAGAACACAGAUAUGUGGAUAGGAUGGAGUAUGAUAUAGCAACUCAAGCAAAGUUAGACUAUGUAGUCCAUAGCAUGCCAACAUUGAACCAAUAG